AUGGCUCUCGAUCUUUCACAAAUUGGGCAUAUUCUAUGGACCCUAACACAGUACGAGCAAGCCCUGGACUACCAUCAACGAGCGCUUGCAAUUCGAGAAAAAUGUGAUCCUUCUAGUCAUUUCGACAUUGCUCUCGAUCUUUUAACAAUCGGGAUAAUUCUAUAUGCUCAAAAAAAGUACAAUGAGGCCCUGGACUUCCAUCAACAAGCACUCGCAAUUCGAGAAAAAUGUUAUCCCUCUGACUAUAUUCAUAUUGCUGAAAGACUUACUAGUAUCGGGGCGAUUCUAUAUGCUCAAAGAAAAUACGAUGAGGCUCUGGACUACCAUCAACGAGCACUCGCAAUUCGAGAAGAAUAUUAUCCUCCUAGUCAUCCCGCACUUGGUCACAAUUCUAUCGCCAUUAGCGUCAUUUUACAUAAACAAGGAAAGAACGAUAAAGCUCUCGAAUUUUCUCCAGAAGGGCUGAAAUUUGAAGAGCCACAUCAGUCUUCUAGCAAUUUCCCUACUGCUCAAAUUUCUACUGACUUGGGCAACAUUUCACAUAGCCAAGAAAAGUACAAUGAAAUAGUCGACCGCCAUCAAGAAGCAAUCACAAUUCAAGAGAAAUACUAUGCUCCUGAGCAAGUUUUCGUUGCUGAAACACUCAACAAUACUGUUGGUUCCAUACAGCUUGAUUCACAAUCACAAUUAAGUGAUGAUAAUGAUACUGACGAGAGCAAAGAUCCGAUUAAUUUGGGUAAUAUUCCAGACUUUCAACCAAAAUGUAUUAUUGUGUGGAUGGAUCGUCGAAAAGACAGACUCGAUCCUGUGGAAACUCAGAUAAGUUCAAAUAUUGAUUCAUUUAGGCUAUUCUAUGAUGACGAUGAAUGCGUUAAAUACUUAAUGGGUGUCACGAAAAGAAGAGUUUUUCUUAUACGUGACAAAGAACCUAAUUUAAAUUUCAAAGUCUACAGAGGACAGAGAAUGAAUGCAAAAGAUUUUCAACAAUUGAGAUCAAAUCGUGGUGGUCUUAUUUCGAUGAACACGUUUAUGUCUACAACUAAAGACAAAGAAUUAGCUACCAGAUAUGCUGGUUUUGGUGAGGAACGACCGGCAUGCGAGUCAUGCCUAUUUGAGAUAGAAAUCAAUCCAUUAAUGGAUAUAAAUAGAAUCGUAUUUGCCAGUAUUAAAGAUCAAUCCAAUUUUCAAGAGGAAGCUGAAAUAUUGUUUUCGGUCGGAAUGAUAUUACGUAUUCAAUCAAUUGAAGAAAAGAACGGACUUUGGUACAUAAAAUUAAUAUCGGAUGUAAUAAAAGAUUCCCCUGCAAAAGAAGUUAACGAAAUUAAUGAAAAAAUUUUUCCAUCAAAUUGUCAUCGAAAUACACAUAUUCUUUAUUAUAUCGUCGAGCUAUACGUCGAAAUUGGUGACUAUAACAUGGCAGUUGAAUAUUACAAUAAAUAUAACAAUGCAGAACAUCAUGAUCCUCAUUGCAUCAAGGAUUUAUCAAAUGGUCUUCUCUACACUGCUAUUGCCAUGCGACAUUAUCGUAAAAGUGAAUGGAUUAUCGUUAUGGAAUAUCUGCAACAAGCAGCGAAUAUACAAAAAGUUUUCUCACCAUUUCAUCCUACUUUGGGGCUAACUUAUAAUCUUAUCGGAAAUAUUUAUCGAAGUUUCAAAAAAGAUUAUGCUUUGGCCUCAAUGUAUCAUGAAAAAAGUGACAACAUUUUCAAUAAACCCCCUACUGUAAAUUAUGAUGUAGGUCUUUUGAACUCUAUACAACAUAAUGUUGCUGGGGAUUAUUCUAAUCUUGGAGAUAAUAUAAGGCUGAGUGAAUUUGUUAAAAACAUUGUGGAUAACAAAAUGAGUAGUAUGAAAAAAUUGUACAAUAUGGCGAAAACUUCUGACAAUCAAUUAUUAUUCUUGGAUACUACCGGUGAUACACUGACAGCGAACACUCAUGCACUACAUGAUAAUGGAUCGGAGUCAAUUAAUCAGACAAAUGAAUCGCUUAAUACAGUAUCAUUUAUUCCUAGUAAAACUCUUUAUUUUUCAUAUUUUCAACUUGGAGAAAAAUAUGCUAUUGAACAAGAUUUUGAAAAUGCGUUAAUCAAUUUUGAAAAAGGAAUAGAAGAACAACAAAAGUUUUUACCAUAUGAACACCCGUCGUUUAUUCCUUCCUAUAAUGUAAUUGCUUCUGUGCUGUAUCAACUAAAAGAUUAUAAAAGGAUGCUGCACUACCUUGAAAAAGUACUACACAUACAUCACAGCAGACAUCCGGUAAACCAUCGUCAAAUUUUCGGAACAUAUCAUAAUAUGCUAGAGGCGUACAUUUCCUUAAAAGAUGAACAAGGUGCUUGGAAAUGUUCUGAAGUUCUUCUCGAUUUGUCAUUCAAGUAUGAUUAUCCGGAGACCAAAAUGAUUCAGCAAAUACAAGAUGCACUGAUGUCCAAACAUCCGAAGAGCAUAAGUAAGUCCGAAAUAUCGGCAUAUCCCUCCUAUAAUGAAGAAAAAUUCAACUGUUAUGGCUUUGAAGAUACCGCUUUGCUUCGCAAUAGUUGA